AUGUACAACAUAAAAGAAGCUAUAUCAGCUAUAUCCAUAGGUAUAGUAGUCGCCGAGUUCCUUCGCAAAACUGGUCGCGUGUUGCAGGCCGUCGAGGUUUACAAAUCAGCAAUCAACAUCAUGAAAACGAUGGAAAACACACAUCGCCAGGCACUAAGUUAUGCACAACUCGGAUUAAUGUUGCAAUUGCAAAGUCAAUAUGAGAAGGCCCGAGAAUAUCAAGAGAAAGCACUCACUAUCAGAAUAGAAAUUGGUGACAGGGAUGGAGAAGCAACAAGCUACGGAAACCUAGGAACUUUGUUCCAAUCACUCGGUCAAUAUGACAAGGCCCGAGAAUAUCAGGAGAAAGCACUCGCUAUCAAAAUAGAAAUUGGUGACAGGAAUGGAGAAGCAACAAGCUACGGAAACCUAGGAACUUUGUUCCAAUCACUCGGUCAAUAUGACAAGGCCCGAGAAUAUCAGGAGAAAGCACUCGCUAUCAAAAUAGAAAUUGGUGACAGGGAUGGAGAAGCAACAAGCUACGGAAACCUAGGAACUUUGUUCCAAUCACUCGGUCAAUAUGACAAGGCCCGAGAAUAUCAGGAGAAAGCACUCGCUAUCAAAAUAGAAAUUGGUGACAGGAAUGGAGAAGCAACAAGCUACGGAAACCUAGGAACUUUGUUCCAAUCACUCGGUCAAUAUGACAAGGCCCGAGAAUAUCAGGAGAAAGCACUCGCUAUCAGAAUAGAAAUUGGUGACAGGGAUGGAGAAGCAACAAGCUACGGAAACCUAGGAACUUUGUUCCAAUCACUCGGUCAAUAUGACAAGGCCCGAGAAUAUCAGGAGAAAGCACUCGCUAUCAGAAUAGAAAUUGGUGACAGGGAUGGAGAAGCAACAAGCUACGGAAACCUAGGAACUUUGUUCCAAUCACUCGGUCAAUAUGACAAGGCCCGAGAAUAUCAGGAGAAAGCACUCGCUAUCAGAAUAGAAAUUGGUGACAGGGAUGGAGAAGCAACAAGCUACGGAAACCUAGGAACUUUGUUCCAAUCACUCGGUCAAUAUGACAAGGCCCGAGAAUAUCAGGAGAAAGCACUCGCUAUCAAAAUAGAAAUUCAGGAGAAAGCACUCGCUAUCAAAAUAGAAAUUGGCGACAGGGAUGGAGAAGCAUCAAGCUACGGAAACCUAGGAACUUUGUUCCAAUCACUCGGUCAAUAUGACAAGGCCCGAGAAUAUCAGGAGAAAGCACUCGCUAUCAAAAUAGAAAUUGGUGACAGGGAUGGAGAAGCAACAAGCUACGGAAACCUAGGAACUUUGUUCCAAUCACUCGGUCAAUAUGACAAGGCCCGAGAAUAUCAGGAGAAAGCACUCGCUAUCAGAAUAGAAAUUGGUGACAGGGAUGGAGAAGCAACAAGCUACGGAAACCUAGGAACUUUGUUCCAAUCACUCGGUCAAUAUGACAAGGCCCGAGAAUAUCAGGAGAAAGCACUCGCUAUCAAAAUAGAAAUUGGUGACAGGGAUGGAGAAGCAUCAAGCUACGGAAACCUAGGAACUUUGUUCCAAUCACUCGGUCAAUAUGACAAGGCCCGAGAAUAUCAGGAGAAAGCACUCGCUAUCAAAAUAGAAAUUGGUGACAGGGAUGGAGAAGCAACAAGCUACGGAAACCUAGGAACUUUGUUCCAAUCACUCGGUCAAUAUGACAAGGCCCGAGAAUAUCAGGAGAAAGCACUCGCUAUCAAAAUAGAAAUUGGUGACAGGGAUGGAGAAGCAUCAAGCUACGGAAACCUAGGAACUUUGUUCCAAUCACUCGGUCAAUAUGACAAGGCCCGAGAAUAUCAGGAGAAAGCACUCGCUAUCAGAAUAGAAAUUGGUGACAGGGAUGGAGAAGCAACAAGCUACGGAAACCUAGGAACUUUGUUCCAAUCACUCGGUCAAUAUGACAAGGCCCGAGAAUAUCAGGAGAAAGCACUCGCUAUCAAAAUAGAAAUUGGUGACAGGGAUGGAGAAGCAUCAAGCUACGGAAACCUAGGAACUUUGUUCCAAUCACUCGGUCAAUAUGACAAGGCCCGAGAAUAUCAGGAGAAAGCACUCGCUAUCAAAAUAGAAAUUGGUGACAGGGAUGGAGAAGCAACAAGCUACGGAAACCUAGGAACUUUGUUCCAAUCACUCGGUCAAUAUGACAAGGCCCGAGAAUAUCAGGAGAAAGCACUCGCUAUCAAAAUAGAAAUUGGUGACAGGGAUGGAGAAGCAACAAGCUACGGAAACCUAGGAACUUUGUUCCAAUCACUCGGUCAAUAUGACAAGGCCCGAGAAUAUCAGGAGAAAGCACUCGCUAUCAAAAUAGAAAUUGGUGACAGGGAUGGAGAAGCAACAAGCUACGGAAACCUAGGAACUUUGUUCCAAUCACUCGGUCAAUAUGACAAGGCCCGAGAAUAUCAGGAGAAAGCACUCGCUAUCAAAAUAGAAAUUGGUGACAGGGAUGGAGAAGCAACAAGCUACGGAAACCUAGGAACUUUGUUCCAAUCACUCGGUCAAUAUGACAAGGCCCGAGAAUAUCAGGAGAAAGCACUCGCUAUCAAAAUAGAAAUUGGUGACAGGGAUGGAGAAGCAACAAGCUACGGAAACCUAGGAACUUUGUUCCAAUCACUCGGUCAAUAUGACAAGGCCCGAGAAUAUCAGGAGAAAGCACUCGCUAUCAAAAUAGAAAUUGGUGACAGGGAUGGAGAAGCAUCAAGCUACGGAAACCUAGGAACUUUGUUCCAAUCACUCGGUCAAUAUGACAAGGCCCGAGAAUAUCAGGAGAAAGCACUCGCUAUCAAAAUAGAAAUUGGCGACAGGCAUGGAGAAGCAGCAAGCUACGGAAACCUAGGAACUUUGUUCCAAUCACGCGGUCAAUAUGACAAGGCCCGAGAAUAUAAAGAGAAAGCACUCGCUAUCAAAAUAGAAAUUGGUGACAGGGAUGGAGAAGCAUCAAGCUACGGAAACCUAGGAACUUUGUUCCAAUCACUCGGUCAAUAUGACAAGGCCCGAGAAUAUCAGGAGAAAGCACUCGCUAUCAAAAUAGAAAUUGGUGACAGGGAUGGAGAAGCAUCAAGCUACGGAAACCUAGGAACUUUGUUCCAAUCACUCGGUCAAUAUGACAAGGCCCGAGAAUAUCAGGAGAAAGCACUCGCUAUCAAAAUAGAAAUUGGUGACAGGGAUGGAGAAGCAUCAAGCUACGGAAACCUAGGAACUUUGUUCCAAUCACUCGGUCAAUAUGACAAGGCCCGAGAAUAUCAGGAGAAAGCACUCGCUAUCAGAAUAGAAAUUGGUGACAGGGAUGGAGAAGCAUCAAGCUACGGAAACCUAGGAACUUUGUUCCAAUCACUCGGUCAAUAUGACAAGGCCCGAGAAUAUCAGGAGAAAGCACUCGCUAUCAAAAUAGAAAUUGGUGACAGGAAUGGAGAAUUUCGCUGCCUUUGUAAUCUAUCGGCGUUAAUGGCGUCGCAAGGUCAUCUUGAAGAGGCUUCUUCGUAUCUUUUUCAAGGCAUCCAAAAGUUCGAAACUUUGAGAGGUUUUCUUAAAGAAAACGACGAGUUUCAAAUAUCCCUUUUAGAAAAGUACGGCACCUUUCCCUACAAGUGGUUCAGCAGGUUGCUUUCUUCCACUGGAAAGCCUGAAGACGCCCUUUACGUCGAAGAGCUGAGAAGGGCAAGAUGCCUGGUCGACUUGAUGACAGCUCAGUACUCUGUUCAAGAGCAGAUCUCAAGCGAUCCACAAUCUUGGUGUGGCAUUCAAGGGAUCAUCAGAAAAGAAGCAGACUGUGCAUGCCUGUACAUUUCGGUUGGUGAAAUUUACGUACGGUUUUGGAUAAUAAAAGCAACGGGAGCUAUUCUUUUUUCAGAAAAGAAAGUGAACCUGGACCCAAACAAGGUGACCGGAAUAGUCCCUGAGUUAGAUGAGUUUUUUAAAGAACUGAUGUCACUUCAGCGCAACAACCGAUCAGGGCUGCAUUACUAUGAUACCGAAGAUUUCAAAACAAGUCUUCACUUGUGUUACAAGAUAAUCGUUGCUCCUGUGGCCAGUUUACUGAAGCAGCCCGAGAUCAUAAUUGUCCCUGAUUCCUGUGUGUACCAAGUGCCAUUUGCAGCCUUAGCUGACGAAGGAGGAAAGUAUUUAUCAGAGAGAUGCAGGAUUCGGCUGGUUCCCUCUCUCACGACUCUAAAGCUUGUGCAAGACAGUCCUCCAGACCAUCACAGUCAGACCGGGGCUCUGAUAGUGGGUGACCCUGUGGUUGGAAAGGUGAUUUACAAGGGACGGUGCAGAAAUAUGACACCAUUGCCGUGUGCAAGAAAGGAAGCAGAGAUGAUUGGAACACUUCUUGGCGUAACGCCUUUGACAGGAGAGUCCGCUACAAAGCAUUCUGUACUCCAAGCGAUAAAUUCAGUGAGCCUCAUACACAUUGCUGCGCAUGGAGAUUCUGAAAGAGGGGAGAUUUUUCUUUCUCCUAAGCACCUUACCCUACACCCACCUUUUCCUCGAGAAGAAGAUUAUCUUUUGACGAUGGCAGAUAUUUCAAAAACUCGGUUGCGAGCUAAACUAGUGGUGCUUAGUUGUUGUCACAGUGCUCGUGGACAGAUUAGAACCGAGGGAGUUAUUGGAAUUGCCCGAGCAUUCUUAGGAUCCGGAGCUCGUUCAGUGUUAGCGGCACGAUGGGCCUUGGAUGACACAGCUACAGAGCAGUUCAUGACUUGUUUCUACAAACAUUUGUACCGCGGUGAAAGCGCAAGUGAAUCUCUCCACAAGGCCAGGAAGUGGAUGAGAAAUAACGACUUUGAUAAAGUUUCUCAAUGGGCGCCAUUUAUGAUCAUGGGCGACAACGUGACAUUUGAUUUUGGAAGUUGGCCGGUGCCUAGCGCACCUUAA